CACAGACAGUUUCCUGGGUUUGAAACCGGAGAGAAACGCGACCGGCUAAAUACUGAAGCGGCUGAUUGGGAAACUGAAAGAAAAUGUCACGGCCAAGUAGCUUGUCUCCAAGGCCAGGCAUGUCCCAGUCUAGCCAGUCUGGUUCUUCAAGAGCUCGAGGGCUGAAGGAUAUCCGGAUCGAUGAAGAAGUUAAGAUAGCUGUGAACAUUGCGCUGGACAGAUUUCGAUACAGUGAUCAAAAAGAAAUGGAAUUUCCAUCUUCCUUGACUAGCACUGAAAGAGCGUUUAUUCAUCGUCUUGCACAGUCUUUGGGCUUGAUUUCCAAAAGUAGAGGAAAGGGGACAGCUAGGUUUCUUACAAUAAAGAAGAAGGAUGGAUCUGAGGCAGCACAGUCUGUAAUGAACUUCAACCUUUCCCACAACACUAAACAUGUAGUGCGAAGUUUGCUUCAGAGAUUUCCAGUCACUAACAAAGAACGGACUGAUCUUCUGCCUAAAACUGAACGCGGAAGUUCACUGGCUCUUGAGGCUGAAAGUGUCAGAGAUAAGAACAGGACAAGCGGACGCCUCAACAACGGGAUCCCCCAGGUUCCUCCGCGGAGAGGGGAGUCGGAUUUGGAUUCCUUCAGGCGCACACUGCCAGUCUAUGAAAGACGAGAGGAAAUUGUAAAGAUUAUAAAAGAAAACAGAGUGGUGUUAAUAGUUGGCGAAACUGGAUCUGGAAAGACUACACAGGUACCUCAGUUUCUUCUUGAUGAUUCUUAUGCGAAUGGAAAUCCGUGCCGUAUAUUCUGUACUCAGCCAAGGAGGCUAGCAGCCAUUGCUGUGGCUGAACGAGUAGCUGCAGAGAGAGGGGAAAAGAUUGGCCAGACAAUUGGCUACCAGAUACGACUGGAAAGCAGAGUUUCUCCAAAGACACUGCUAACCUUCUGCACUUGUGGAGUACUUCUGCGAACUCUGAUGGCAGGGGAUGCCACCCUUUCAACUGUUACACAUGUAAUUGUGGAUGAAGUGCAUGAGAGAGAUGGACUAAGUGAUUUCCUGCUGAUAAAAUUAAGGGAUAUGUUGCAGAACCACUCUUCUUUGAAGCUCAUUCUUUCUAGUGCUGCUCUUGAUGUUAAUCUGUUUAUAAGAUACUUUGGCUCCUGUCCAGUUAUUUACAGGAAUUUCAUUGCAUUUGAAGUAAAGGAACUAUUUCUGGAAGACAUCUUACGGACAACAGGUUACACAAACAAAGAUAUGAUGAAAUACAAGAAGGAAAAGCAAAAAGAGGAAAAGCAACAGACGUCACUUACUGAGUGGUGCAAGGUUAAGGACAGCAACACCAGGCCAGAGCAACAGAGGGAAAGAACCACCUCCUGCCCAAUAGAAGAAAAUUACUUGCUUGAUGAUGGUGGAGACAGUGUUUUUAGUCAACUGAGUGAGAAAGAUGUGAACUCCCUGGAGCCUUGGCUGCUGAAGGAAAUGGAUUCCUGCAUCUCUGACAUCUUCCUCAAUCAAGAUGCUGAUGCUUUUGUCCAGCUGUUUAACCUCAUUUUAAGUGAAAAUGUCAGCGUUGAUUACAGACACAGGGAAACCAGUGCAACACCACUGAUGGUUGCGGCAGGCAGAGGAUUCCUUAGUCAAGUGGAACAGCUUCUCAGCAUGGGUGCCAAUGUGAAUUUCAAAGCAUCCAAUGGCUGGACAGCAUUAGACUGGGCUAAGCACUUCAACCAGGCUGAGGUAGUGGAUCUGCUUGAAUCUUACAUCUCAUCAUUAGAGGCUGGGCAUCUGGAUGAAAGCUCCCUGGUCCAGAGUGAGAGUGGAGAGCUGACUGCUGAGGACAGAGAGAUCCUGAAGGCUUACCAUCACAGCUUCGACGAUGAGAAAGUGGAUCUGGACCUGAUCAUGCAUCUCCUAUACAACAUAUGUCAGAGCUCUGAUGAUGGUGCAGUUUUAAUUUUCUUGCCUGGAUAUGAUGAAAUAGUAGGACUUCGAGAUCGUAUCCUAUAUGAUGAUAAAAGAUUUUCAGAUUACACACAGAGGUAUCAGAUUUUUACACUCCACUCGAACAUGCAGACAUCUGAUCAAAAGAAAGUGCUUAAACCCUCACCUGCUGGCAUUCGUAAAGUUAUUCUUUCAACCAAUAUUGCAGAAACCAGCAUCACUGUCAAUGAUGUUGUCUUUGUUAUUAAUGCUGGCAAAGUUAAAGAGAAAUCCUUUGAUGCUCUCAACCACGUGACAAUGUUAAAAAUGGUGUGGAUUUCAAAGGCAAGUGCAAUCCAGAGAAAAGGAAGAGCCGGUCGCUGUAGACCAGGUGUAUGUUUCCACCUGUUCAGCAGAUUACGAUUCAAAAACAUGUUGGAGUUCCAGGUUCCGGAGCUUCUCAGGAUGCCUCUUCAGGAACUGUGUCUGCACACUAAACUGCUGGCUCCCAUCACCUGUCCAAUAGCCGACUUCCUUGCCAAAGCACCUGAGCCUCCACCAGCUCUAAUUGUCAGGAAUGCUGUGCAGAUGCUCAAGACAAUCGAUGCCAUGGACCCCUGGGAAGACUUGACGGAACUCGGAUACCACCUAGCUGAUCUCCCAGUAGAACCGCACUUUGGAAAGAUGGUCUUGUGUGCUGUGGUCCUCAAGUGUCUUGAUCCUAUUCUCACGAUAGCCUGCACGCUGGCCUACAGAGAUCCCUUUGUUCUGCCGGUACAGGCUGCACAGAAGAGGGCAGCAAUGUUAUGCAGGAAGCGUUUCACUGCAGGGACCUUCAGUGACCAUAUGGCUCUCCUUCGAGCUUUCCAGGCAUGGCAGAAAGCUCGCAGUGAUGGCUGGGAAAGAGUAUUCUGUGAGAAGAACUUUUUGUCCCAAGCCACCAUGGAGAUUAUCAUAGGGAUGAGGACACAGCUUCUUGGACAGCUACGAGCGAUAGGUUUUGUUCGGGCAAGAGGGGGAGGCGACAUUCGAGAUGUGAACCUUAACUCUGAGAACUGGGCAGUUGUAAAAGCUGCCCUGGUGGCUGGGAUGUAUCCCAACCUCAUCCAUGUUGACAGGGAAAAUGUCAUGCUGAUGGGAUCAAAGGAGAAGAAAGUCAGAUUUCAUCCUAACUCUGUUCUGAGCCAGCCACUGUAUAAAAAGAUUCCUCCAGCAAAUGGACAAGCUGCAGCUGUCCAGUCACUUCCAACAGACUGGCUUAUUUAUGAUGAAAUGACUAGAGCCCACAGAAUCGCUAGCAUUAGAUGCUGUUCUGUAGUGACUCCAUUUACAGUGGCUAUCUUUGGAGGGUCGGCUAAGUUGCCAAGCACUGCUUUACAGGAGCCUUCAAUACAAAGAGUUGAUGGUGUGAAUGACAGCAGUGACAGUGAGAUGGAAGACCGAUCCACUGCUAACAUGGCCACUCUAAAGAUAGACGAAUGGCUGAAUUUCAAAUUGGAGCGAGAGACUGCCAAUCUAGUUUUCCACCUGAGACAGAAAUGGCACAGUUUGUUCCUGCGUCGAAUACGGGCGCCUUCAAAGCCCUGGUCUCAGGUGGAUGAAGCAACUAUGAGGGCGCUUGUGUCUGUCCUGAUCACUGAGGAGCAUGUAGCUGGCCUCCAGCAGCCUACUGGGAUUGGUCAGCGACCCCGUCCCAUGUCCUCAGAAGAACCCCCACAGUUAUCAUCUUGGAGGGCCACCAACAGCAGGGAGAGUUCUGCGGAUACUGAGUUUUCAGAUGAGACGUCAAAUGUAGAAAGGGCUCAAAUGAUGUCUCCAUCUCCAGCAUUUUCCCAACCCAAGGGGUACAAAAACAGGGGGAUUCUGCAUCCUAAAAAAAGCUCUGGUGACAGGUCAAAUCAGUCAUCUGUGAAAACUACAGACAGCAACAGUUACCCCAGUCCCUGUGCCAGUCCUUCACCACCAUCCUCAGGGAAGUGUUCUAAAUCUUCCUCUCCCAGACCAAAUACGCCAUUCCGUUACUUUAUUAUGAAGAGCAGUAACCUACGUAACAUUGAGAUCUCCCAGCAAAAGGGAAUCUGGUCCACAACUCCUAGUAACGAGCUCAAGCUGAACCGAUCCUUCUUGGAGAGCAGCAUUGUCUUUCUGGUGUUUUCUGUGCAAGGAUCUGGACACUUUCAGGGUUAUGCAAGAAUGUCCUCAGAAAUAGGACAGGAGAGGAGCCAGGAGUGGGGCUCUACAGGUCUUGGGGGAGUUUUCAAGGUGGAAUGGAUCAAGAAGGAGAGCCUCCCUUUUCAGCAUGCACACCAGCUGCUUAACCCCUGGAAUGACAAUAAGAAAGUGCAGAUCAGCAGAGAUGGGCAGGAGCUGGAGCCUCAGGUUGGUGGGCAGUUGCUACAACUUUGGGAACAGGCUUCUUUGAUAGGAAAAACACUACAAAUAGACUCCAGGCUUGGCGUACUGGGAGAGUCUUAAAGGCUGAUCAUUUGGCUGAACCAAGACCAUGAAGAUUCUAGUUUCUUAAAGCUGGACUAGGUAGUAUCAGAUGUUAAUGACUCUCUCUCUCUCUCUCUCUCUCUCUCUCUCUCUCUCUCU